UUGUUGACGUUGCACUUGCGUCGGUGUGAUUUGUGUGUUGUGGUGAUUUGUGCGCGAUUAGUGGAUAUUGUGAUAAUUGUGCGGUGUGAGUGAAAGUGAUAACAUGGGAACUAAAGUGAUGGACCUUGUACAAGAGUGGAAGAAGUUUGGAUUAUCUGGCCUACAGAGUGAGCUGGAUGACGUGGCUGCUCAGAUCGCUACCCGCCAGGACGAGAGCGAAGUCUCUCGGCGGGCGCUCGUGGAACUCACCCGAGACUUCAGAAAGAACACACCCGAGGACGUUCGGAAGAUGAUCGCCCCGCUUCUGAAGAGCUUUCAGUCGGAAGUUGAUAGCCUCUGCAAUCGAAGCAAAGGAGCUGAGACGGCCUUUUUGAACGUUUACAAGAAGCUGAUUGACAUGCCUGACAUCACCCCGGCGCUCGAGUUCAGCCUGAGCGCGCAGCAGAAGCUGGCCAAGCUGGCCGAGCUGCAGCUGGAAAACAGCCAGCUGCGCGACACGCUCAGCAGCUACACGGCUGAACUGAAGGACGUCCGCAGUCAAGACGUGACCAUCAAACAACUGAAAGAGGAAAUCCGCCAGCACGAAACAAAGCAAGAAAGCGUUAUCGAGGCACGCGUCCGCGAUCUGGAGCGUGACCUGCUGAGGGAGUUCCAGGAGCGCGAGCAGACGUACCACGACGAGCAGCUGUUGCUGACGCGGCGGCUGGGAGAGUCCGAGCACAAGAUUGCCCAGCUCACCAGUGACCUCGAACUGAGCCAGAGCGAGCUGUUCGAGGUCAAGGCCAAGUACGAGGAAAACUCCCACGCCAGGUCUGACGAACUAGACAUGGUGCUGGUGGACCUGGAGCGCGCGAAUCAGAGAGCUGCCCUGGCCGAGAGAGAGGUUGACACGCUGAAAGAGCAGCUGGCGGUCAGCGUGAAGCGGGCCCAGCUGGCCGACGAGGGCGAUGUUGGCUCCGAUUCGCAGCGGCGCUCCGUCACCGAACGGCAGCUCGCUUCCAAAGACAAUGAGAUCUCUCAGUUGGUGGAGGACGUGCAGAGACUGCAGAGCCAGCUGACCGAGCUCGAAAACCAGUCGGUAUGCCAAAGAGCCAAGCUAGAAGAGGAGCUGGAACAAAAGAGCAAUGUUAUCCAGCGCCUCGAGGCUAUCAUUGAACAGCAGAAAGACUAUGAAGAGCUGAAAAAGGAAUUCUCGAUACUGAAAUCGAUCGAGUUUCCUGGCACGUCUCAGUCCUCCACCGCUGACGAGAGAUCUCUGUCGGGAGCCAAACCACUCGAGGUGCUCAUGCUCGAGAAGAGCAAGGCCAUGCAGAACGAGAACACGGCGCUCAAGGUCAAGACGGGCGAGCUGCAGGCGCGGUGCGAGACGCUGCAGCUGGAGCAGGAGCGACACCUGCGCACCAUCGAGGAGCAGCGCCGCCUCGUGCAGAAGCUCGAGGACGACCUGGGCAGCAUGAACUCCAUGGCGAUGAUCUGUCGUGGCGAGGGCGAGGGCCAGCCGUCGUCGUCGGAGCUGGUGGCGGAGGCGGUACGGGACACCAUGCACUCUCCUCCGGCACCGGCGCGGCCGGCGUCCGUGUUUGGCAGCGACCCCAGCUCGCCCUCUGACACCAUUCUGCCGAUCGUAUCGGCGCAGCGCGAGCGUUUCAGGCACCGGAUCCAGGAGCUGGAGCAGGAGCGCUACAUGCUGCAGCACGAGCUGGGCCUCAAGGAGUCCGACAUCGAUGACCUGCGCCGCGACAACCUCAAGCUCUUCGAGAAGAUCAAGUACCUGCAGAGCUACUCAGCACAGAAAUCGUCAUCACAAGACGUGGAGUCGCGCUAUUCCAGCCAAUACGAGGACUCUUUGGACCCGUUCUCGUCCUUCUCCAGACGUGAACGCUCCAGGAAAUACGCUCAGCUCAGUCCCUUUGAGAAGAUCACUCUGUCCAUGGGUCAGCUGGUGCUGUCCAGCAAGGGCGCCCGCACGGCCGCCUUCCUCUACACGCUUCUGCUGCAUCUGCUGGUGUUCGCCGUGCUGUACAAGAUGGCCUACUCGGAGAUGUACCGCCGCGAGAUUUCCUCAGAUUGCGCAGAAAGGUAUGCCGAGCACAUGAUGAAGAUCCACGGCGAGCAUGCUCACGUGUGAGGCCCCGCCCCUGGUGACGUGCCCUUUGGCCACGCCGCCCAGCCUACUGGAGUUGUUACGAGUGACGCCGCAGAAGACCAGAGGUGUCAACAUGAGCAGGACAUAGCGGCAUCCGAACUGGGGAGGCCCCUUCGGCCUCUCUGGGCUGCUAAUCCCCUCCGAUCGGGCAACUGUCCGCGCAGGUGCAUCGCUCACAUUGCAUAUGCGACCGUCUAUGUAACCGGUGUUGGAUGAUUUGUACUGAGCGCUGCCCGUGCCAGCCGGCCUCGUCACGGUAGACGUUCUGUCAUGUUGGGUUUUUUUCUGCUGUCCGCCUGAGCGCGGUCUGAAAGCUUCGAUUGUUGCUUCGCGAUUCUGCUUGGUCCAGCGCUCUGAGCUUCGCGCCGAAGCUUAAGGCGGUAAUGGCGGCGUAUGAUUAUGAUCAGUCUGUUCGUAAAGCACGCGACGGCAGAUACCGCAGUGGCGAUUCGUGUCGUUCCUCGCCGUGGGGCCUUUUCCGUCUGUCACAUGAUUCAUUUGCACGGCUGAGUGACAUAGGGCUGCAGUCAUUUGUCCAGCACGCGUUAUGCUAAACACAUUUUCCGCACGUUUGACAGGCGCAUCCGGGCAGGGAUGCGUCUUGGCGUGAAAUAUACUUGCUUCAACAAU